AUGGGUCAAAAACGAGCGCGCGAUUCCAAGGCCCCGGUGGCUGAGGCCAAUAAGCGGAAAAAGGCAGGAAAGUCUGCCGCAGUCUCAAACGCAGAUUAUGGCUCUGUCGCAGUCGACGACCUCAACUGGAAGGAAGUUGCGCUACCAGAUCGAAUGGAGGAUGCAACCGGAUUCUUUGGAUUGGAAGAGAUCGAAGGCGUCGAUAUUAUCAAACAGAGCGGUGGAGAGGUUCAAUUCAAGGCUAAGGCUGGUAAACCAGAAAAAUCGAUCCUCAAGCCUCCCUCUGAAGAUGACGACGGGGAGGAAUGGGGUGGCUUCAGUGACGAUGACUCGUCCGAAAAGACUCCUGCCACCGAGACCCCCGCCGCAACUGAGGUGAAAGGAGAUAAGAAGUCAGACAAGGAAAAGAAAAAGGAGCAGAACAAAGUCAAGAAAGCAGAACGAAAGGCCAAGGAGCAAAAAUCUAAAGAGCAGAAGCCAACGGACUCCAAGUCUGCUAAGGACAACAGCAUCAAGGACGGACUGUCAUUCGCAGCUCUCGAUGAUGUUGAAGAAGAUGAUGGAGUGGAUGUGUCGGCUUGGGAUGGCCUCAAUCUGUCGCCUGAGACCUUCACAGCGCUUUCCAAAAUGAAGUUCAGCUCUCCAUCGGCCAUUCAACAAGCCAGUAUCCCGGCCAUUCUGGAUGGGCACGACGUUGUUGGAAAGGCAUCAACAGGUUCCGGAAAAACACUGGCGUUCGGCAUUCCAAUCAUCGAGCACUACUUGGACAAGAGAGGGCGCCAGGGAGAACAGUCUGAAAAGCCCGAGAAGUCCAAGACUCCGAUCGCUUUGAUUCUAUCUCCCACCCGAGAGCUGGCACACCAGUUGGGCAAGCAUCUUGGGGAGCUGAUCGCGAAUUCCCCAGGAAACAACGCUCGUAUCGCACUCGUGACUGGUGGUCUCUCUAUCCAGAAGCAGCAAAGACAACUUGCCACUGCAGAUAUUGUCGUUGGAACGCCCGGUCGUGUAUGGGAAGUCCUUAGCACAGGAUCCGGUUUGAUCCGCAAGAUGCAGAAGAUCCAGUUCCUAGUCGUCGACGAGGCGGAUAGACUUCUCAGUGAAGGUCAUUUCAAGGAAAUGGAGGACAUCCUCAAUGCACUAGACAAGCACCAAGCCGGAGAUAUUGCCGAUAUGGAUGAUGAAGAAACCGAGGAGGAAGAACCAAGCCAGAGGCAGACACUCGUCUUUUCGGCUACAUUCCACAAGGAUCUUCAGCAAAAGCUUGCAGGCAAAAACCGCUGGACAAGUGGUGAUAUGCUGGACAACAAAGCAUCCAUGGAGUACUUGCUCAAGAAGUUGAACUUCCGCGAAGAGAAGCCCAAGUUCGUUGAUGUGAACCCCGAAUCACAAAUGGCCGUAGGACUCAAGGAAGGAAUCGUUGAAUGUCCUGCCAUGGAAAAGGAUCUAUAUCUCUACUCCGUCCUCCUCUACUACCCCAAGCACCGCACCCUCAUUUUCACAAACUCUAUCUCGGCUGUUCGUCGCAUCACCCAGCUUUUACAAGCCCUUCAACUCCCCGUGUUCGCACUUCAUUCAAACAUGGCCCAGAAAGCUCGUCUCCGCUCAAUCGAACGUUUCUCAUCGCCUACUGCAAACCCAAGCUCCAUCCUCGUCGCCACCGACGUUGCUGCUCGUGGUUUGGAUAUCAAGGGCAUCAACUGCGUCAUCCACUACCACGUUCCCCGCACAGCUGACGCUUACGUCCACCGAUCCGGCCGUACUGCUCGUGCCGGUGAGUCCGGAAAGAGUAUCCUCAUCUGUGCUCCCGAAGAGGUCCUUGGAGUUGCCCGUCUCGUCGCAAAGAUCCAUGCCAAGAAGUCAAAGAAGGCAGGGGAAUCUGAAGGACCUAGCAAGAAGGUUCCUCUUGAGUCUCUUGACAUUGAUCGCCGAGUGGUGGCUCGUCUCCGCCCCCGCAUGGCUCUCGCCAAGCGGAUCACCGAAUCCACUAUUGCCAAGGAAAAGGUCAACACCGAAGACAACUGGCUUCGUGCUGCGGCCGAUGAUCUCGGCGUCGAGUAUGACAGCGAUGAAUUUGAUCAGUCCAAGGGCCGAGGCCGUGGCCGUGGUGGUGGCCGCGAAAGACGUGAGAAGGAGGCCAGUGAGUUGAGCAAGAGCGACAUGGCCGGUCUUCGCGCAGAGCUCAAGAAACUCCUUUCUCAGCGUGUGAACAUCGGUGUCAGCGAGAAAUAUCUUACGGCGGGUCGCAUUGACAUUGAUGCUCUUCUUCGUGGAGAGGGCAAUGAUGCUUUCUUGGGCCACCUUGACCCUCUAACUUUCUAG